AUGGUGAGGGAGAUUCAAGACACCUGCAAGGAGCUGUUAUUUGAAAUGAAGAACUAUGACGAAUGUAUAAAAAUUUGUCAAGAAGCUGUUGAUGUUGGUCGUGAAAAUAGAGCUGAUUUCAAAUUAAUUGCAAGAGUCCUCACCAGAAUUGGUAAUUGUUAUAGGGCCAAAAAGGAUUUUAAGAAUGCGAAAACAUUUUAUGAGAAGAGUCUAUCAGAACACAGGACGCCGGAGACAAAAGAACUACUAAGUAAGUUAGAAAAGAUAAUUAGAGAAGAAGAGCGCAAGGCCUACAUAGAUCCUGUGAAAGCAGAGCAGGAGAAGGAGUUAGGAAAUGAAAAAUUCAAGAAUGGCGAUUACCCAGCGGCUAUCAAACAUUAUUCAGAGGCCAUAAGAAGAAACCCUGACGACCCAAAGAUUUACUCCAAUCGUGCUGCUUGCUACACUAAACUAGCUGAGUUCAACUUAGGGCUGAAGGAUUUGUGA